AAUCUUAUAAGGCUGCCCUGCCCACAGCUCGCUAGCUCAUUGCUCAAGAAUCCAUCUCAGUUCUAUCAAAACACAAGCCCAUAAAGAGAGAUACUAUCACAACAUGCCUUAUAUACCUCCUCCGCCGAGGCCUUAUAUACCCCCUCCACCGAGACCAUUCAUACCCCCGGCUCCACGGCCUAACUUCCAUAUGCAGCAGCAACAGCAACAGAGGUUUCACCAGCAGCAAAGAACCCAACAGCAGCAGGUGUUUCAUCAACAGCAGAGAGUUCACCAACAGCAACUCCAAAACCAGCAUAGGCUCCAGCAGAACCUUCAAAUGGAUCAUAUGAAACGGCAGCAAGCCUUACAGCAGCAACAGCAGCAUUUUCAAAGGCAACAAGAAGCGUUUCGCCGACAGCAACAAGAUCAACAGCAGAGGCUCUUGCAAGACCGACUCCGGAGAGAAGAGGAGCAGCGAAGACAGCAACAGCUACUGAGAAACUUGCAACACACAAGCACAAUCCCUGUCGGUGAAACCGGUGGGACAACAGUGGUGCAUGUGGCUCCUGGUAUCCAGGUGGAACUGCCUGAAUUUACUCUCAAUGGGAACAUAGAGUUAGAACAAACUGGAGCAGAGGCCAAUCAGCCACCAUUCCAGCCAUCAGCCCCUCCCCACUCUCCAUCAGGCAUGUCCCCUCAAACAUACGAGUCCCCACCUCCCUACCAGCAAUUGCCCCAGGGGGGACCCCCUGGCCCGCUACCCCCCACCAGUAUUAAUGGCCCAGCUGUAUCACCACAAGGAGCCACAAUGGCUGCUAAACCCUCUGUGCCAGCUGAGAACAGGGUAGUACUCAAGGAUGGUACACAGAUCGUCAUUCAGCAGGAAGACGAGAUUCUGUUUGUUGGUCCCACUGGUGUUCAGAUGGUUGUCAAUUGUCUCCCCCUCUACAUGCCUCCCGAGGAUGCCAUUCAAGCUGCCAUCUCAAACAGCACCUCUGAUAAGAACGACACAGACAAUCAGAAUAGCGAUAAGACUCCAAAGAGCUCGCCCAAAAAGUCACAGCUCCUACGAAAAGCGAAAAGUUUAACGUCAAUUCUUAUUGCAGAAAUCGAUCUAUCAGAUGAGGAAAAACAAUCACGUUCUGAUGAUGAGUUACUUGAGGACACACGUCGGAGCAAAAAGAAGAAAAAAUCAAGGAUGAAUUCGUUUGGAGCUCAUUACUCAGUUCAAAUACACAGGCAGGUUGAGCGUAAAGAGUCAAACAUUGAUGAAACAGAUGCAGCACCUCCACCAGUAUCCCACCCUGGUAAGGACAUAGAGCACCCUGUCCAACAUCUCAGCCAAAGCUUUGAUAGCGAGAAACUAGUUCAAUCGUCAGAUCCAACUAAUGAUAAGCCGGUCGAACAGAAUGCCCAGGCUAAAGAGAUUCCACCAGCAGCACAAGAACAUGCUUCAAGUCCACAGGAGCCUGAUGAGGUGGUUCAUAAGAAACCCCACAAAAGUCCUGUAAUAAAAUCCAAGUCCACUGGCUCUGCACCUGAGUUAGACGAUGGUAGCGACCCUGAAGACAGCAAGAGAGGAUUUGAAGUUAAUUACCUGGAUACGACCAGCACCCUCCCUCGUCUCAAGCGAUCCUCGGGUUCUGUGAGCUUCCCACAAAGAAUUACUGUCCAUGCACCAGUCGCUAAUCCAGUUAUUGUCGAGGAGAGUUCACUCUUGAGCCAACAAUCUGAUGAACAGCCGAUUGACCCUACUCCAACUGAAGUUGAUCAACCUGAUGGUAACCAAGAGGAGCCUAAAGACAGUCAACAAGUUAUGACAUCUAAUGAAAAGGAUGCUAGUCCUCCCACAGAUGAUCAAAACGCACCCAGCACACAAGAAAUCUGUGCAGACAAUCCUCAAAACAAUGAAUGCAAGCAACCUGCUACAGCAAUCAACGCAGAGCAAGACCCACCUAAUGGAACUGAACUGCCAACUGGUGAAAUAGUAGACCAAGCCAAACCAACUGAGAAUCGCGACACACCUAAUGAAAUCACUACUAAUGACGUUUCAUCUACCAGUGUACAACAGAGCACACCACCUGUUACGCAAGAAGUGUCUGCUGAUCCUUUACCCCAAAAGAAUGGUGCCUCAUUGGCAGGGACUGCUAACACUCCUCCCCCCUCCACAGCCACACAACUCACACCCUCACAACCCUCCCCCCUCACGCUCACACUCCUCCCUCCGUCUCCUGUGACGAUGGAUGGUGACUACGUACAACGAAGCGGGUGGUUGACUAAGCUGAGUCAUCGCAAGGGAAUGUUUGGAGACAAGUGGCAAAAGAGAUACUUUGUUUUGAAUCGAUCGUGGCUGUACUACUUCAAGAAGUAUGGAGACUCGAACCCUAAAGGAGUGAUUCGCCUGUUGCCCACUGGAUGGAGUAAGGCAAUCACUCAGGGCACUCCUCGAAUGCGCGAUGCUGUCGUCACUUCCAGUGACAAGGGGCCUGGCAUUAUGUCCGUGUUAAGAUGCUUGGGAGUUCACAGACCUAACAACUUUGCAGCUUCACUCAGUGCACUCUUAGAAGAGGAUGGUGUGGCUGAAGCUUUCCGUAGUCAGACGGUAUCUGUUAGCAACCCCCAACACGCCUCCAGGACAUUCUACAUGACUGCCUCGUCCAAUGAGGAGAGAGAUGCCUGGGUCAAGGCCAUCAACACCAACAUACAGGCUUUCUCUUACUCUGCUGAGGCCCUAACGACGGCUACUAAGGAACUAAAGAGCAUGCUACGAGCUGUCAAGUCCAACAUGCCCACUAAAGACAUCCCCUCCCUCCUUCUUCUCCUGCACACCAAGAGAGAGAAGAUUGCAGCGACACAAACAGUCACUUGUAGCGGAAAUUCUCACUAG